ACAGUCGCAUGCAGGAGACGCGAGGUGGAGGCCGACGAGUCCGCUCGGCUACUUCCGGCUAGGCACCGGAGGGUCGUCAACGGCCCCUCCCUCGCGGAGCCCACAACCACGUGUUAAUUCGCCUGAUGUGUGUGUGUGUGUGUUCUGUCCCUUCCUUGAAUAGCCCAAUCUCCUUGUCACGUGCCUGCAUAUUCUCCUACGGGAGGGGAAGAGAACGAGAAAGAAAGAGAUGUGUCAGUGAGUUCCCGCGAGAUGUGACGGAAGCCUGUGGGGGACCCGGACUUUAAUGUGCGGCUUUCCCGGCGGUCGUGAGGGGAGGGAGUGCUCAUCCUAAACCGCUGCCUUUUCAGCCGUGGCCCCCAAGGUCUGGAAUACCCUACCCCAAGAAGCCCGCUCUGCUCCCUCCCUGAUGGCUGUCCGGAGACUUCUGAAACUUCCUGUUCCAGAGAGCUUUUGGUAGGGACUGAAGAUAGAGCCGAACGACUGUCAUGAAAAGGAGGCUAUAGUAAAUUGUUUACCUUGUGGAAUUUGGCUUACAUGUGAAAUCUGCCAGGUAAUACAAGGACCUGUGGAAUAUGAGUGAUGACAAACCAUUUUUAUGUACUGCCCCUGGAUGUGGACAGCGUUUUACCAACGAGGAUCAUUUGGCUGUCCAUAAACAUAAACAUGAGAUGACACUGAAAUUUGGUCCAGCUCGUAAUGACAGUGUCAUUGUAGCUGAUCAGACUCCAACACCAACUCGAUUCCUGAAGAAUUGUGAAGAAGUUGGUUUAUUCAAUGAGCUAGCAAGUCCUUUUGAAAAUGAAUUCAAAAAAGCUUCUGAAGAUGAUAUUAAAAAAAUGCCUCUAGAUUUAUCACCUCUUGCAACACCUAUUAUAAGAAAUAAGAUUGAAGAGCCUUCUGUUGUUGAGACAACUCACCAGGAUAGCCCUUUACCUCACCCAGAGUCCACUACCAGUGAUGAAAAGGAAGUGUCACUGCAGCAGACUGCUCAGCCAACAUCCACGAUUGUUCGUCCAGCUUCUCUACAGGUUCCUAAUGUGUUGCUUGCAAGUUCCGACUCAAGUGUCAUUAUUCAGCAAGCCAUACCUUCACCAACUUCUAGCACUGUCAUAACACAGGCUCCCUCCUCCAAUAGGCCAAUAGUGCCGGUGCCAGGUCCUUUUCCCCUGCUGUUGCAUCUUCCUAAUGGACAAACCAUGCCUGUUGCUAUUCCUGCCUCCAUCACAAACUCUAAUGUCCAUGUCCCAACUGCAGUUCCACUUGUUAGACCUGUCACCAUGGUGCCUAGUAUCCCAGGGAUUCCAGGGCCCUCAUCUCCACAGCCUGUGCAGUCAGAGGCAAAAUUGAGAUUAAAAGCUGCUUUGACCCAGCAGCACUCUCAGGUAACAAAUGGAGAUACUGCAAAGGGACAAACAAGUGGAUUGGUUAGAACUCAGUCAGAGGAAGCACGGCCACAGUCACUGCAACAGCCUGCUACAUCUACUACUGAAACGCCGGCUUCUCCAGCUCAGCUUGCACCACAAACUCCAAAUACAGGGGGUCGCCGACGAAGGGCAGCAAAUGAAGAUCCUGACGAGAAAAGACGGAAAUUCCUAGAGAGGAAUAGAGCAGCUGCGUCAAGAUGUAGGCAAAAAAGAAAAGUUUGGGUACAGUCUUUGGAGAAGAAAGCAGAAGACUUGAGCUCAUUAAAUGGUCAAUUACAGUGUGAGGCCUUAAAUGCAUGUGUUCAAAAUAUACAGAAUGAAGUCACCCUGCUGAGAAAUGAAGUGGCACAGCUGAAACAGCUUCUUCUGGCUCAUAAAGAUUGCCCUGUAACAGCCAUGCAGAAGAAGUCUGGCUAUCAUACUACAGAUAAAGAUGAUAGUUCUGAAGACAUUUCAGUGCCAAGUAGUCCUCACACAGAAGCUAUUCAGCAUAGUUCAGUCAGCACUUCCAAUGGUGUAAGCUCCACUUCCAAGGCAGAAGCAGUGGCUACAUCAGUUCUCACCCAGAUGGCAGACCAGAGUACAGAGCCAGUGCUUUCACAGAUUGUAAUGGCUCCUCCGUCCCAGUCACAGCCUUCAGGAAGUUGAUUAAAAACUUGCAUUGUUUUUAGAUACUCCUUAGCAACUUCAAAGGGAAACCAAGGAAAGCAGCCUUCAUUUAGGAGAAAUCUGUAGCUAAAACUUACUCAUCUGUAAAGUUCAAACUUGAAUUUGGCUUUGAAAGUUGGCAAACAGGAAUUGCACAGCGGGUUGUGGUCUCUUAAUAGACAUCCAAGUUCAUUUUUCUUUCCUAAUUAGGAUUGCUAGUUUUUUUCAGUGCUCAUCAUAUAAAGUGUUGGUACAGUUGAAAUGUACUUACUUCUUUAAUUUGGUGGUAUUCCAAACAGUCACUUAAAAUGCUCACCCCAAAAACUGUGAUAGUAAUGUUUUAUACCAAAGUUCUGCAUAGAAUCCUAUUAAGUUUGUAAAGUCUACAAGAUCAUAAAGCACUAGGCAAAAGACAGAAACAGUAAAUUUGCUUUUAGUCUUAUUUUGCCUUUAUAUUGUUUUGCACAUUAUGAAAGGAAAAACAUUGGGAGAAUAUGUUUGAUUAUAUUAUGUAGCAUUUUUUUGGGCUUUUUAACUGUUUGGGCGUUUUUAAAGAAUUUUGUUUAACAGGGCCAGUACAGUAUAUGAAAUACAGUACUUUUUUAUGCACAUAUGUAAUCUUGAUCAGGGUCAUUACUAGCUAGAUUUUCCUUUUUAAACAGAUGUCAGCUUAGCUAGCACUUCCAUUUUGAAAUCAGGAGCUUCGUGUCUGCUGCAAAACAAAAAAAACCUGCAGCUACCCUUUUCUUACUAAAAUAACAACAGCAGAAAAAUUCUCAACAGGGUUAUGAAAGAUGGAAUACUUUUUCAAAGCUAACUUGAUAUUUUGUGGUUUCUUGAGUCUUAAAGAGGAGAUUAUUCAUACUGCAAGAUCGUAUGGAUGCCAGGAAAGCUUGAAAUUCCCUCAUCAAACAACUCAAGACUUUUUUUUUUGUCAUUGUCUUGUAUCUGCAAGGUAACUUGUACUUUAUUCUUGUGUAAGCACUGUCAUCUUUUAGUAGCAAAAUUUUGAUACUUUUCUUGUGGGGAGAAAAAAAAUCAAUAUUUACCGUACCGUGGAAACAAUGUAAUUAUAGUGUGUGUGUGUGUGUGUGUGUGUCUGAGAGAGAAAGAAUGGUUCAGUAGUUUAUGCCGGCAAUCUGUGCUUGAAUGUUUAAAGAUGCCUUCAGUGUGAUGCUGGCUUGAUAGGUGAUUGCAGUUUUUGAAAUGUUAUUUACUGUGUGCAUUUGGAUAACUAACAUUCCAUGAUGUAGUUUGUUUCUGGUAAGAUGAUUGUAGGUACAGUUUUUCUCAUUAUCCAAUCAUCUGUAGGAUAUUGAGUUUUUUAAUGUGCCAUCUAUUUUAAUUCUGUAAUGUUAAAAAUAUAUAAUAUUUUAUUAUUAAGUUGUAAAAGUACAAAACAGGUGUGUGCUUUCACAUCAGAAAAACUUUGUAGAACAGCAAAGGAAACUACACAGUAGCAGCAUCUGGCAGUAAAAAAAAAAUUCCAUUAUGUAUAUAACAAACACUUCAUGCAUUUAUUGUGGGUUGUGUAACUCAUUUGUUCUAUGCUCUGUUUUAACCUAGGGUGCCAUCAAACUAUGAAACAUUCAGUUUUAGAUCAUUGAAUUUUAAUUGGUGGUAAUGGCAGAGAACAACUCUGAUCUGUAUGAAGUACAACCAAACUAGAAUGGAAGCUGAACAAAGUCAUAAAAUUAUGUACCGUAUAUUCCGGCGUAUAAGACGACUGGGCGUAUAAUACGACCCCCAACUUUUCCAGUUAAAAUAUAGAGUUUGGGAUAUACUUGCCGUAUAAGACUACCCCAGUCGUUUUAUACAUAAAUGUGUGCAACUCAACUAAGGGAAAAAUGCAGAAACAGAAAGUAUUUCCCCCCUAAGCAUAGAAGAUAGGGUUUUAUUUUUCCAAAGAUACAGAUCAAGCAACUAUUAUAUGUAAACGGACAAAGAAAGGGGGGAGAGAUCAAAAAGAAACAUAGCUAUGCCGAUGCCUUGCUUGCAAGGUAAAUCCUGAGGUCAAGAGAGAUGCGCAAGGCAAUCCUAAACAAAUUUAUUAGAGAGUAUCCCCACACACUGAACUUAAUGGGACUUACUUCUGAGUAAACAUGCAUAAGAUUGCACUGUCAAGGGCCUGCCUAAUUCUCCCAUUACAAUCAAAAGGACAUAAAAGUGGAUUGUGCCCAUAUUUUAAGAUUAUGGGUGCAAUCUGAGAAUAAUUUACCCCCGUUUCUUAGUAGGAAAGGACGGGCGGGGGGAGGCUGCUGUCCUUCAGGCGUGCAUAAAGGAGUAGUCCGGUACUAUGCAUCGGAGGUAGGUCCCAGUAAAUUCAGGGAGGUUUUCUCCUAGGUAAAUGUCCUUAGGAUUGCAGCUCUGCAAGGCUUCUCCUCCUUUUGCACAGUUGUCUUCCCGUUGGCAAAACUGUGAUUGUAAGGUCCACAAGGCAAGGAACAUUGUAUAUAGUUACUGAUGUUGUUUCUUUAUUUCUUCUCUCUGUUUAUUUUCUUACCGUAACUCUGUAAAGGGCAUCCCCGUAUUCUGAUCGCUCUCUAUAAAAUAGUUACUCCUAGUAACAAUCACCAAGAGUUGAUUUAAAGGUUAAGGGCAGUUCCUAAUAGUGACCAGGAUCACCUGGACCCGCUCAAGCCCAGCCUUAAGCAGCGUUAUUCUACCUUUCGGUUUUUGAGUCUUUUCCCCUCUGCUCCUUCCAUCUGCUUUCCUGGUCGCACCCUUGCAAGACUCGUGUUCUGCUUUCAUGGAAACCAAUGGCUUGCCCUAUUACGUCUGGGCAGAUAGAACUUAUCUCUCCCAAGGAGAUAGAAAUGGCUGUUGUUCCUUUUUGUUGUCUGGAAGAGAAUAGGCGCACUAUUCAACGCCACACACAAAGUCUCUGUCCUCUUGAUAAAACAGUUACAUUUUUUCCUUAGAAAUCCUGGGCCUUUUUUGCUUUGGUGAGCAGAACACAAUUGAAGCACAGCUCGUGAGUCUGAAGGGAGAGGGUGCGUGGGGCGCCUGUUGCA